AUGGUUAUUACUGAAGGCGACGCGCUCCUUGAGCGCUACUUCACUGAUUUGCCCGAUAACCAUCUGAUCGCGUAUAGCGAUAGUGGCUAUACAAACGAUCAAUUAAGCUAUGAGUGGGUAAAGCACUUCGUACAACAGAGCCAGAAGCAUAUUCAAGGGGUAUAUCGGCUGCUUCUGUUCGAUGGAUUUGAUUCACACUGCACCCAAGAGUUUCUAGAAGUCCUUGAGGAUCACAAGGUUAUUGCCUAUCGUCUGCCUCCAAAUACAUCUCACUUUCUCCAACCACUUGAUGUGGGCUGUUUCCAGCCGUACAAGCACUGGCACGCGCAAGCUGUUGAUCAUGCAACCCGAACAGGCUGUACAGCUUUCAAUAAGAUUAAGUUCUUGGCUGCUAUCGAGUCAAUCCGCGCCUAUACAUUCAAGCCCCGUACGAUACAAAAAUGAUGGCGGGACUCAGGAUUAUAUUCAUUAGAUGUUAAGCGCGUUAAGAAUAAUAUACAGAGAGAUUUUGCUGAUUGGGACACUGAUUGCCAAGAUGCUGGCAGUGAUAGUAGUGAUAGUAG